CCAGAUGAAUAUCCCAAUUCAAAGGACUGUACUUGGUUUAUUUCUGUUCCACAGGGUCAUGGGGUUUAUAUUAACUUUACUUUGCUCCAGACCGAACCAGUGAAUGAUUACAUUGCAGUAUGGGAUGGGAUUGACCAGAAUUCUCCUCAGCUUGGUGUUUUUAGUGGAAAUACAGCCCUUGAAACAGCAUAUAGUUCAUCUAAUCAAGUACUCAUUAAGUUUCACAGUGACUUUUCAACUGAGGGUUUCUUUGUUUUGAAUUUUCAUGCAUAUGCACUUAAGAAAUGCCAACCACCAGUACCUGUGCCAGAUGCUGACUUCAUUUCUGACAGCGAUGACUUUGAAAUA